CCUAAAAACACUACGUUACUACAAGAUCUAGAUCUAGUUUCCUUUCAUCAACCCGAGUCAUAUAUGGCUGCAGCUGGAAUCACUAGGCUUCCCCAGAGAUCACCUCCAAUUAGGUUGCAACAGAUGCUACAAGUGGGACGUUGGAUGAGCAAGGUUGCUGCAGGGUUAAAACAGAAGGAUGAAUCUAAAACAUCGGCGAACGAGAAGAAAAAAGCAUGUUGCUGGAUACCUGAUAAUAGGACAGGGAUAUAUUUCCCAGAAGGUCAUGAAAAAGUGAUUAAUGACUUACCAAAUGGUGCAGCCUCUCUUACUCGGACAUACUGGCUGAGGAGCGAAGAUGGUGUCGACAAACCUGAUCCUGAUUUUCCCAAAGGCCAUACCGUUACUUAUAUAGGGAAAUAUUAUUAAUACUAAUGAAAUGCAUAUAUAUAAAUAAUAAUAGCUGUUAUUUUGUAUUGAAGGUUUGACAUUAAAUUGUGUUAAACUAGAUUAUAGGAACGCUGACGUUUGGAGUCGUUCACUUGUAACAACCGGCUGCUCUAGUGCUCUUGGUCUUAAUUAUUUACUAGUAAAUUCACCGGUGCUUAGCACGGUUAUGAAAAGACACAAUGAAUUUUAAUAA